UCAACUGACAACAGCACGUUUGUGUGCUCAUCGUCUUAGUCUAGUGUGACAGUCGGGGCAGUGCGGUUGCGUUUUCUCUAUAUCUCUGCCGGAAAAGAACCAGCAAGUUGCGCGCAAAGUAUAGUGAGAAUAAUUCCCACUUUAUUUUUGUUUGGCACUAUUGCGGUUCAGCAUCUCGUGCUGUUGAAACGAUCAUUUUAUUCGGAGUUCACUACCUACAUGUACUGUGUGUUUGCAUGUGUGGAUUUUUACCGCGUGAGACUCUCGCAGCAGCUAGAAAAAAAUUCACUUCAUUGCAAAAGCUCAACAAAUAGUUCUUCGGUGGUCAACUACUGCGGCAGUGAUUGUGUAAUCAUUUGUUUUGGAAUUGCCUUGAAUAGUGUUCUGAAGUAGUUCGAACCAAAUAAAUACCAGUUCAUACCGGCCAAGACCUGACCUCAUCGCAGCAGCAGCAGCCGCAGCAGUGCAUUCGGGCAGUUUGAUAAACCGUUUGCUGCAGACAACCCGCCAUGGCUGAAGCCCAUUCAGCCGUUGCGUUCUCGUUUUCCAUCACUCACGAAGGAUGGCACCUGAACUACGAUCGAGAAGUGCUCAACCUUGUCUGGCAGUCCGGCGUUAGAUCAUGGAAAAAACGAUUGGCACGAUUCAGGACCGGAGUUCGCAAUGGAGUGUACCCAGCACAUCUACAGAGCCUGUGGCUAGUCAUAGCCGUCGCAUUAGCACUACAUUUCACGCAGCGCCAGGUUCCAUUUAACCUAGUCAAUAAGUUUUUAGCAAUUUUACCAGGGGACACGGUGAACUAUCAGGUGGCAGCAUGUGGCCUAGCUGGACUUUUCUUUUGGCUGUGUAUAUGCUACACUAUGCGCUACUCAUUGAAGCUGUUACUGAUGUACAAAGGGUGGAUGUACGAAAAACGAGCACCGGGUAGUAAGGUUUCCUUGCCGACGAGACUGUGGGCAGUAUUUGUCAAAGUAUUAGCAACCUGGAACAAACCAGGCCUAUAUAGCUUCCAAGGUUCUCUUCCACGUCUGCCAUUACCAAGUGUGGAAAAUACUAUGAGUAGGUAUCUGCGGUCGGUGCGUCCCUUGCUGGAUGACGAUAAUUAUUCGCGCAUGGAAAGACUAGCCAAGGAAUUCCAGAAUGGUAUUGCCACAAAACUACAGCGUUAUUUGUUGCUGAAGAGUUGGUGGUCAACUAAUUAUGUAUCAGAUUGGUGGGAAGAAUACGUCUACCUACGUAGCCGCGGUGCUCUGAUGGUCAACAGUAAUUUUUAUGGAAUGGAUGCAAUUUUUACCCAACCUACCACCGUUAGAAGUGCACGUGCAGCUAGUGUAAUCAACAUGCUGCUUCAGUUCCGUAGAAUCGUCGAGCGGCAAGAGCUAGAACCAAUUCUAGUGCAAGGUUUGGUUCCGCUGUGUUCGUGGCAAUAUGAGCGUAUCUUCAACACGGUGCGCAUACCAGGAAUUGAAACUGAUAAAAUUGUUCACUAUCAGGACUCGAAUCAUAUUGUUGUACUGUUCCGAGGAUGCUACUAUAAAGUCGUUAUCUACCAUAAUGGACGUAUUUUGCGUCCGUGUGAGAUUCAGAUUCAAAUCGAAGAAAUCUUACAUAGCAGUGAUAAGCCACAAGUUGGUGAAGAGUUACUAGCAUCACUAACAGCCGGCGAUCGGACCAAAUGGGCAAAAAUCCGUGAAUCGGUAUUUGCAAAGGGUGUUAAUAAAACUUCCUUGCAUUUAAUUGAAAGUUCCGCUUUCUUGCUGUCACUGGAUGAAACCCCCUUUGAAUUUGAUAUGGCACAUCCAGAGAAACUCAACCAAUUUGGAAGGAAUUUACUUCACGGCAAAGGCCAUGAUCGGUGGUUCGAUAAGAGUUUCACUGUAUGCAUCGGAAGCAAUGCAAGGGUUGGAUUUAAUGCUGAACAUACUUGGGCGGACGCAGCAGUGAUGUCACACAUCUGGGAAAUGUUGAUCAUGGAAGAAACUCAUCCGCGGGCUGACGCACCUGUGUUGGCGCACGUGUGGGAGAACAUAGUAGCGGAGGAGGCGUUGCAUAAACGAUAUGACGAAAAUGGAAACACACUCGGUAUUCCUGAGUUUGAGCCACCGAAGCCAAAACGGCUGGCAUUUGAUUUGGACAACAGUGUAGCGCUGGACGCUAUCCAAGAGGCACAUCUGGCUGCUCAGCAAUUGCUGAAUGAUGUCGAUCUGAGAAUUUUUGUUCAUGAUGCUUAUGGCAAGGGAUUGAUGAAAAAGUUUCGCUUGUCACCCGAUGCUUUCCUUCAGAUGGCCCUUCAAUUGGCCUACUAUCGUGAUGCUGGCAAGUUUUCACUAACCUACGAAGCAUCGAUGACUCGGCUGUUCCGCGAAGGACGUACCGAAACGGUGCGACCCUGUACGAUAGAAUCGGCUGCCUGGGUGAAGUCUAUGGAAGAUCCUACUUGCAGUGUCCAAGAACGUGUUAAACUUUUGAACGAUGCUUGUGAUCGUCACCAGCUGGGUUACCAGGAUGCAAUGUGCGGCAAAGGCAUCGAUCGUCACCUGUUCUGCCUGUAUGUGGUAUCGAAGUAUCUUGAGCUGGACUCGCCUUUCCUGAAGGAAGUACUCAGUGAGCCUUGGCGGCUGUCUACUAGUCAAACUCCACAUGGUCAGACCGCCAAAUUGGAUCUGAAAAAACACCCCAACUGUAUUAGCGCGGGUGGAGGCUUCGGUCCUGUCGCGGAUGACGGUUACGGCGUUUCGUACAUCGUUGCUGGCGAGGACCUUAUAUUCUUCCACAUCUCGUCAAAAAAAUCCUGCGGGACAACGAGUUCAGAACGAUUUGCACAGCAGAUCGCUCGGGCGCUAGCGGACCUGAAACAUCUGUUUGAACAAUACAAAAGGCAACAGCAGAAGAACGUUUCCAAUGGGACAGCAGUGAACUAGAGACUUAGCGAUAGUUUUGUGAAAGUUAAAGAUAGAGGACAGUGUGCAUUGAUGCAUGAGCGGAUCCAGAACUGAAUCAACACUCAUACAAACAAAACAUAUCCACCGUUAUUGCAUACGGCAGCAAAAUAAUGCUCUUCACUUUGUCCAAACAUUUCUGCUGUUUACUAUAUUAUUUGUUAUAGCUAUUAUUUUAGGCAGUUAUUCGGAAAUAAUUUAGAUACCUUUUAGGUGUUACAAAUAGUAAAUGAUGUGGAUAUUAGCAUUAGCCUUUUUGGCGGAAUGAUAAAAUUAAUUCUAAUUAAAGUGUAUGUAUUAUAAAACAAUAUUUUGAAGCUUUUGACACAGUUCCAAAUCUUAACCUCGUUUGAUAGAUGCAACGAAAGUCAAGAAGCCUGUUUUGCAAUAAGACUGCUGUAAAAAAAUGGCUCAAUCACACAAACUAUCAAAAGAAGGCAAUCGAUUUCUAUUUGUAGAAUCUUUUCAAGGUGCAUUAGUGCUAGUGAUAAUAACAACCAUUAGCGAAAAUAUUUUGGUGAUUUAAUUUUGUCUUGUUGUUUUUUACAAUUUUAGUGAACCAACGAAUAAACUUCUUAUUCUUUCUUAAAUUAUUAUUAUCAGUAAUGUAAAGUGCAUAAUGUGAACUUACUUCGUACCAAAAAAUAUAUCAAAUUUGAACAGUGUUUGGUAUCCUCAGGGGAAAAAGUUACACUGCGAGAAAAAUCGGGCUUCACAUUUUAUUUAGCUUUGCAAAUCGUGUUCUACAAUUGAGGCAAAUAUCAAUGCAAUUUAUAAAAAAAAAUAAAUCUAACAAACUGUUUUAUAGAGUAACCGAUUUUUAAGUCCCAAGGGAAUGAUUAUCUAGCAGAUUAUAUUUUUGUCAAUGUAGCCGAUGAUGAAUUGCAAGUCAAUAAUCACUUGAACGGUGGUAAUGUAAAAUUGAUUCAAUAAAGUAUCCAGUAGAAAUUUUGUUUUUAUGUUAA